AUUGCACAUACUGUACAGUGUGACCAUCUAAUUCGUGGUCUUCUAAGUUCUACAAUUCGAAUCCAUUAAUCAUGCCAUUCAGACCUACCAAUCGUUAUCCUCACGGAUUGCUCUCUCGGGAGGAACAUGUCGCAUUCCUGGAGAAAUGGUAUGAAGCACACAUGGCUGGUCCUCUUCCACCCUCUAAGAAGAGACGACAACGUGGGGAGAUAUUCCAGAUUCGUGGAAAUUUGAGGCGACAGUUCCCCGGAUGGCAUAGCAAUUUGAAAACGAUCAAGAGCGCGUUAGCGUCGCGUCGAGAAUGGCGUGAAUGGCGAGAGGAGCUGUUGCAUGAACGGAAGGAGAAGUUGGAGGUGAGAAGGGAGCAGAAAGCUCAGAGGAAGGAAGGGCGAGAACGGAGGGAGAAAUUGCUUGCGAAGAAGGAAUUUUCUGCAAUUUGAAGUUGAACGGCUCGACACAUUAUAUUCUUGAGCCCCAGCAAUUGCUCAAGUACAGGAGCAUAUAAUGGUUUCUCAAGACUGGUUUCGACACUGUAUUUGACAAUGAUUCGGAUACAUGCCUCUUGUUUCACCGG